CGCACUACAAUGAUUGAUAUAUAAGACCUAAAGGCAUGAUGUUCUAACUGGGAUUUCAAAAGACAAUUACUCGAUUCAGUGACGAAUCGUUCCCGUGAUUGAUGACAAAAAACAUUAAGUAAUUUUCGGUAGUCAUUCAAUAUCAUAGAAACUAACAUGGCGACAGGACAUCUUCUUUUGAUUGUCUUUUCCAUUUGCAUCGUACCAGCACUGCAACAAGCAUGGAAUCCACCAUCUAACGCACAGCCUUCAUGGCAGAACCCUGCUCCCGCCCCACAACAAGUACAAGCACAACCUGUACAGCCUGCACAACCAACCUGGAACCAGCCUGCUCAGCAACCAGGCCCGCAACCAUGGGGCGCUGCUCAACCUGCAGCUAACGCAUCGCCUGCAGCUCAAACCUCAGUAUGGAACCAGCAAACGCAGGCACAGCCACAACCUCAGCCACAACCGGCAACUGGGAACACAGCAACAGAGUCUAAAACUUCACAAAAAGGAUCAGGUGUUGGUGUACGGAUGCUGCCAAUAAAACCCGGAGAUGGAAAAACUUUUCCAAGUAUGGGCCAGAACGUAACAGUUCAUUAUACGGGUAAAUUGUAUUCAAAUGGUCAACAAUUUGAUUCCUCCUUGGAACGAAAUGAGCCAUUUACAUUCACACUGGGAGUAGGACAAGUGAUAAGAGGCUGGGACAUUGCCGUAGCACAUUUGACACUAGGGCAAAAAGCACGAUUUACUGUUGGACCUGAAUAUGCAUACGGAGAACAGGGAAUACAAGGAACUAUACCACCAAAAUCAAUACUCGUAUUUGAUGUUGAGCUACUAUCCAUCCAGUGAAGAGGAACUUGAGAGUAAAGAUAUCUACUGAUCUACUACUGAACUAUAGAGAACUGUUUACUACAAAGGACACUUGAACUAUGUACAAAAUGUAUUUGUUAAAUAAACUAUUUUUGAUUAUAUAA